AUAACCAUGGAGGCGUCUUUGAGCAUCCACGCUUCUUCAAAAUUGCCCGGCUCGGACGCCACCUGGCUGUGUAGCCACAAGAGACACACCCCGAGGGCCCAGCAUCGGCCUGAGAAGCCACCCAUCUCUUACAUCGCCCUCAUCGUCACAGCAAGAUCUAACAGUUCCUACAGGGUCACUUUCCGUUAUUCCGUCAACGCCUACCAGGGCUGGAAGAACUCCGUGCGAGAGAACCUCUCGCUCAACGAGCGAUUCGUGAAGCUGCCCAAGGGCCUGAGUCGGCCCGGUAAGGGCCAAUACUGGACCAUCGACCCGGCCAGCGAGUUCAUGUUCGAGGAGGGUUCGUUUUGA